AUGUCAUCGAAGUCACUGAGAUCGUUGAUGAAAGACCGACAGUUAGCAAAGAGGAUCGAGCACCAAUUCGCCAAGUAUGAUACCAUGGGUCGACUAACUUGCACGAUUUGUAAUGGCUUGACUGUGAAAAGUGAAGCGCUUUGGCCAUCCCAUCUCACAUCCAAACCCCAUCGACUCAACUACCAAAACCAUCAGAAUCACCUCAACAGCCGUGCUGAAACAAACGGAUCAUCAAUUACCACACUUGCGAAACGGAAAACAGACGAGAUGUCGCAAGAUGACCCAGUUGAUGGCCCCACCUUCCAAGAAAAGAAAGUCAGAUUCGACGGGCCUUCGUCUCGAGAAGACACGCGCGAAAGUUCGAAUACCCAGCCGCCCGAGUCAUCACUGCCUGCCGAUUUUUUUGAUGAUCCUUCCCAGGCACCAACGAAAGUCGGCAUUCAAGCAGAAGAAGAAGAAGAUCUGGAAUGGAAAGCGUUUGAGGCCGCUCUUCAGGAGGAAGCCGGAACAAAAAACAGUCCAGCGAAUCUCUUCGCACAAGCUUCUGUAAUCGCCGAGCCAGUCCUAUACGAAUCGGAAAAACCUUCUGAGACACGCAUCUCCCAGGAUCCGGAGUUAGAAGAUAGCGAAAUGAUUGAAGGGGAACAAGAGCAGGAGGAAGACCCGAUCGAGAAAAAGAUCAGGGAAGAAAAAGAAGAGAUUAUGGAUCGCAUCCAAAAUGAAGAGAGAGAACAGCUGGAAGCCGAUCAACGAGUGCUGAGGAUGAAAGCUCGGGUCAACGCAUUCCGAGCCAGUCGGAAAAGGACUCCAAGGAAUCUCACUACUUAG